AUGACCGAGGCCUCCUCUUCCUCCCGUAGUGGUGACGACUCCGCUGCGGCGGAGCGCUACACGCUCGCCAAAACCAUCCUCGGCGCGGACGUUUUCCAGCGCAUCAACACCGCCAAGAUCCUCGUGGUCGGCGCAGGCGGCAUCGGGUGCGAGCUGCUCAAGAAUCUCGUGCUCACCGGCUUUGGCGACAUCGAGAUCAUCGAUCUGGACACCAUCGACCUGUCCAACCUCAACCGCCAGUUCCUCUUCCAGAAGCAGCACAUCAAGAAGCCCAAGUCGCUCGUCGCCAAGCAGACCGCCGCGUCGUUCAACCCGCUCGUCAACAUCGUGGCGCACCACGCCAACAUCAAGGAGCCUCGCUUCGGCGUCGCCUACUUCCAGCGCUUCGACCUCGUGCUCAACGCGCUCGACAACCUCAAUGCGCGCCGCUGGGUGAACCGCAUGUGCAUCGCCGCCGACGUGGCGCUCAUCGAGAGCGGCACCACGGGCUUCCUCGGCCAGGUGCAGCCCAUCCGGCCGGGCGUGACAGAGUGCUACGACUGCGUGCCAAAACCCACGCCCAAGACGUUCCCCGUGUGCACCAUCCGCUCCACCCCCUCGACGCCCAUCCACUGCAUCGUGUGGGCCAAGAGCUGGCUCUUUACACAGCUGUUCGGCGCCGACGACGAGACCGAGGACGAGCAGCUGGACAAGGCGAUUGCGGACGGCGAAGACGCGGCCGAGAUCGACAGCCUGCGCAAGGAGCAGCGCGAGAUGCGCGACAUGCGCGCCGCGCUUGUCAAGGCCGCAGCCGAGCGCAACGAGCACGACGUGCGCAGCGUCGCAGAGCGCAUCUUCAACAAGGUGUACAAGAACGACAUCGAUCGACUGCUCGGCAUGGAGGAGAUGUGGACGCAUCGUCCGGUCAAGCCGGUGCCGCUCGUGUUUGCCGAUGUCAUGGCGGGACAGUGCGAUGCCGACGACGGCGCGGCCACCGCACCUGCGGGCGGCGAGGGUACAUCGAACGGCGCAGCACCAUCCGCUACGAAUGCAUCGACGCUCAAGGACCAGCGCCAGCUGACGCUGCGCGACAACGCCGAGCUGUUCGUGCGUAGUGUGUCGACGCUGGCGACGCGGGCUGCUGGCGACGUGUCGGUGCCGCUGUCGUUUGACAAGGACGACGAUGCAGCGCUGGACCUUGUGACUGCGGCGUCGAACCUGCGUUCGGCGGUGUACCACAUUGAGCGCAAGACGCGGUUCGAGGUGAAGCAGAUGGCGGGCAACAUUAUCCCGGCGAUUGCGUCGACGAAUGCGAUUGUGGCGGGCAUGCUGGUGGUGCAGGCGGUGCAUGUGUUGCAGGGCGCGUGGGAUCGGGCGCGCAACGUGUCGCUGGCGCGCGGCUCGGACCGCAUGCUGAACGCAUGGCCACCUGCACCGCCCAACCCGCACUGCGGCGUGUGUCAGGACGCAUACAUCCCCGUCUCGCUCACGAGUCUCGAGAUGACGUUGGAGGAGGUGGUGAGUGCGGUGGCGCAGGCUGUCAAGCUCGAGGAUGUGGUGGUCUAUGAUGGCUCGAGGAUUUUGGCGGAUCCGGAUUUCGACGACAACAAUGCACGCUCGCUCGCCGCACUCGGCCUGGUCGACGGAAGCAUCCUCACGCUCACCGACGAGGAUCAGCACUUCCAAGUCGUCAAUGUCGUGCUUUCCCUCAAUGCCGAGGCAGACCAGCCAGUGACCAUCAUGGGUAAGGUUCGCACCCUCGCACCGCGUGCCCAACCUGCACCGCAAAACGAGCCCGACAGCAGCGACGACGAGCUGCAAGAGGUCCAGCCUCCUCCCCCGCGCAAGCGUGCGCGCGACGACGAUCCCGCCCCCGCCGCCAAGAAAUCCAAACCCACCGAACCCGCACCCGCCCCACCCACGGGUACAUCCUCCGAAUCCGCAAUCGCGCUCGAGUAG